AUGAAUGGAGAGUACAAUGGAGUCCAGGCAAAACUUAAAGAACUGCUUCCAAGGCACAUUCAUACAUGGUGCUAUGCUCACGUAUUGAAUCUUGUACUGCAACAAACAACUUCGAGUACGGUUGUAGUAAUCUCUUUUUUCGGUCUUCUGCAAGAAUUAUUUGUUUUUUUUAAAGAAUCUUAUAAAAGGCUCAAUGUUUAUGAAUGUCAAAGUAAUUCUGGCCGUCAAUCACAUUUGAUAAAUAUAGGUGUAACUAGAUGGAGGUCUAAAAAUGAUGCCCUCAUAAAAAUAUUUGGUCGUAUUAGUAUGUGGACAAAUGAAGGCGAAAAUGAAGAAAGAAAAAAACUGACUUAUGUGUCAAUUGUUUUAGCACUUUAUGAAAUAUCUUUUUCUAAUAGUUUUGCAGCUGGUGUAAGAAGUACAGCACGAAGUUUACUAAAUCGACUCACGAGUUAUGAAACAACAUUAACAGCUAUGAUGUUUCUACAAAUAUUUAAGUUCACUACUGCUCUGUCUGAUUAUUUACAAACAUCUAGUCUUGAUUAUAUACAGGCCUGGCGAAAAAUUGAAGUAACUAUAAAGUCAUUAAAAGAAAAUCAAAGAGAAUUUUCAUCGAUAAGUGCAGCUGCAAAAGAAUUUUCAAUAUUUACAUCCGAAGUUAUAUGGAAACACGAAACAGAAAUUGAUAUUGAGUUAGAAUUACCUCAAAAAAGAAGAAUAAACAUUCCACGACGUUUUGAAGAUAACCCCAACAUUGACCCGGAAAUUGGAGCUUCUCCAGAAAAAAUUUAUGAAAUAAAAACUUUUAGUGUCGUUAUGGAUACUACUAUUGCUUGUUUAGAGAACAGAUUUUCUGGUAGUAAUGAGUUGUAUGGUGAUUUUGAACUAUUUGACCCAAGGCGAUUUAUAAAUAUCAGAUAA